GUUUAGUUGUUGUUCAGUUGCCGACGUGUUGUGUUGCGUAUUUAUUAUUGUUUGUUAUUCGCGCACAAGCAAUAACAUAAAAUAAACGAAACAAAAACAAAAUAAAAAAAACUAUUUUUAGGCUGUGAACUUUUCUAAAGUGCUCGAGUGCAUACGUCUAUAUAUUAUAAUAAACUGCAGUCAAAUAAAUACAACAAUAAAUUCAAAUAAAAUGUCGCCGUUCGACUGCAAAUCACGGCGUGGCACUAAAAUAUCAGUUAUAGUACUGGGCAGCGCUUUAUGUAUUGUGAUGAUGGCUUACUUUGUCUUUGGCGACAGCAACGAUGAGCAGGGUCUCAAAAAGCUACGCAUGAUAUCAAUUCUGUUUCGCCAUGGUGCCAAAAGUCCGAGUGGCUUCUAUCCGAACGAUCCACAUGCAGCGCACGAUUGGCAGGAAGGACUCGGAGCGCUCACACAGAAGGGCACGUUGCAAUCUUACAAUUUGGGUCGGAAUCUGCGCCUGCGUUAUUAUCGCUUAUUACCAUCCAAUAGUAUUUACACACAGCAGCAGGUGCAUGUUCUAAGCUCCGCCGCGGAACGCUGUGUGAUGAGCGCUCAAAGCGUAUUGGCCGGUUUGAUGCCGCCGCUGGACAACAACAAUGUGCUGCCAAUUCCCUGGCAACCAGUGGCCAUAAACACCCUAGCCCGCAACGAUGAUAUUCUUUUGGCCCAAAAGAAGCCUUGUGCCAAAUAUGACAACAUUCUACAGAAGCUAUACAAAAAUCCACCCCCAGAGCUGCGAAAGCUAAAUGAGGAAAACAAGGCGCUCUACAAACUACUCAGCAAAAAUACGGGAAAAAACAUUUCCACUGUGCUGGAUGUGGAACUUUUGUAUACCACUUUAAAAACCGAAGAGGAGGUUAGUCUGACGCUGCCCGAUUGGACGGAGAAUAUAUACCCAGAGGAAAUUAGACCUUUGGCUGAACGGAGUUAUACUCUAUUUACGGAAACGCAUCUGAUGAAGCGGAUUAAGGGUGGUGCAUUUCUCACCGAAAUACUCAAAAAAAUGCAAAACAAACGCCGAAAGAAUUUAAGUCCAGAUCGCAAGAUAUUUCUAUAUUCAGCGCAUGACGUAACGCUUGUGAAUGUGAUGAAUUCCCUAGGAAUAUUGGAUCAGACAGCAAAUCUACCGGAAUAUGCGGCGGCAUUAGUUUUUGAACUGCAUCACAGCAAAUCUUUCGCUGAUGGGGAUUUCGAAGUGAAGUUGGUUUACUACUUUAACAGCGAGGACAAAUUCCCCAAGGAGCUGAGCAUUCCCAAUUGUGAUGCGCCCUGUUCGCUUAGUCAGUUUAGCGCCUCACUGGAGCCAGUUUUGCUGGACAACUAUGAUGAAACCUGCGAGAAUCCUAUAACAGACUGCAAGAACUAAGUUAAUGGUUGAUUGUUGUUUUUUUUUUGUUUUCUAUUGUUGCAAGUAUUCUGUAAAUGUUGCUAUGUUGUUAUUUUUUGACAUAUAUAAAGAUAUAUACCAGAUACGCUGUGAAAAAAUAUAGGUUUACCGGAUGAAAACUAAA